AUGCUGGAAGUUGUAGUAGGCUGAAUGAUGGGCAGAGAGACAGUUCAUCCUUGAUUCCCCUCCCAGACCCGCCCCCUGUCUCUCCUCCCUCCCAGCGGCAGAUGAAGCUGAUGCAGAGAGCAGACACGUCCCCGGCCGUUACAGGGAGUCAGAGAGCCGCUGCUGGAGCUACACGGAGACUGUAUCACGGGAGAGGCCUCCUACAUUUCCUACUGCAGCGAUGGAGCCGGGAGGGCCCUCAGGGGACACCACCCCUCCCCCGGCUCGGGAGAAAAAGAGGAUGAACCGGGCUCCUUCCCCGGCCCGACCCAAGGAGCUGAGCGGAUGGUCUAUAUCUAAGAGCCGCAGAAGCGCCCCAGCCUCCCUGUGUGUUGUCCCCCCGGGGCCCCGCCGCGCGCUCCCAUCUCCGGCCAACAAGAAACAAUCGGGGCCACGAGCGGGGGGCAAAUCGAAAUGCCAAGGGGCUCCGGGGCCCCGGACUGACAGCAGCUCAGAGGGCUCGUGUGCUACUGAAGAGAGCAGCGGGGGCAGCCGGGGAGCGAGUAGCGAGGAGGGAACGUGUAGUCGGAUGCAAUGCAGCACCUCCAUGGCCUUCUCUGACCUCACCGACGAUUUACUGGACGGGGGCACUGACGGGCUCCUCCGGGACAUGGACGAGCUGCGCUCCGAAAAUGAUUAUCUGAAGGAUGAAAUAGAAGAACUGAGAUCAGAAAUGCUUGAGAUGAGGGACGUCUACAUGGAGGAAGAUGUUUACCAGCUACAGGAGCUCCGACAGCAGUUAGAGCAGGUCCACAAGACUUGCCGCAUCCUCCAGUACAGGCUGAAGAAAGCAGAGCGUAGAGGGCUGAGAGUGGCACAGACAGGACAGGUGGACAGCGAGCUAAUCUCCACUUUAGAGCAAGAUGUGAAGGUGGCUAAAGACGUCUCUGUGCGACUCCACAGUGAGCUGGAAGUAGUGGAGAAAAAGAGAAUAAAGCUGGAGGAAGAGAACGAGGAGUUGCGCCAACGUCUCAUAGAGACAGACUUGACCAAACAAGUUCUACAGAACGAGAUGGAGAAGAUGAAGGAGAACUCGCUGAAAAAGAGGCGGUCGUCUGGGAGGAUUGACAAGAAGCCAUCCUUGCAGGAGGACAGCUCUGAUCUAAAAUGCCAGCUACACUUUGCUAAGGAAGAGUCUGCUUUAAUGUGUAAGAAGCUCACAAAAUUAGCAAAAGAGAAUGACAGUAUGAAAGAAGAGCUGAUGAAGUACAGGUCAAUGUUUGGUGACAUGGACAGUUCAUUGUCUGUAGAAGAGUUGGCCAAUUCACCACAUUCCAGAGAGGCAGAGCUGAAGGUCCACCUCAAGCUGGUGGAAGAAGAAGCCAACCUCUUAAGCAGAAGAACAGUAGAGCUAGAGGUUGAAAACAGGGGUUUGAGAGCAGAAAUGGAUGAAAUGAAAAUACACCAUGACCGUGAACUACUUCAAGAUGGCAGAUUCCUUUUUCCACCGGGAGAAACUGGGGAUACUUUUGUGGAGCUUAGGAGGCACUUGCAGUUUGUAGAGGAAGAGGCUGACCUCCUCAGGAGAUCAAUGAUGGAGUUAGAGGACCAAAAUAAGCUACUUAUGAAUGAACUGAAUAAAUAUAAGUCUGAUCAUGACCUAGACAUCACUUUGUCAGAGGACAGCUGCUCUGUCAUUAGUGAACCUUCCCAAGAGGAACUUACUACUGCUAAGAUGCACAUCAGUGAACUGAGUGGCAAGGUCAAGAAACUUCAAUAUGAGAACCGCGUGCUCCUUUCAAACCUCCAACGUUAUGACUUGGCAUCCUGCCACAAUACGAGGCCUUUAAUGGAGACUGAUGCAGAGGCAGGAGACUCUGCUCAAUGUGUCCCAACGCCUCUUUGGCGAGAAGGACCUAUUGGAGGAGAAACAGAUGCUGUCGAUUCCAGGGAACAGACAGACAAAUGCAACACUAGAUCUCCAAAUAGUUGUCACUCACCCCCAUCCAAGUUACUAAAGAUAAAAGAACUAGAAACCCUUCUUGGUGUCACAGCACAGGCUGGUUUAAUAAGCAAAGCCAUUGAGGUCUUAAAGUCCGAUUACAAUGGAUUCCCAUCGGGUUUGAAACUGUGUAUGGAUAACGAUUGCGGGGACCUUUUCUUAACAGAGGCAAUUGAUAACAGUGAAGUAACUAGUGACUCUAAGCUGAUCAGUGCCAUUUUUGCAAGGCUUGCCGUCCUUCAGCGGGAGUUGAAUUGCUUUACAAAAAAGGUGGAUGCACUAGGGAUCUGUAGCAAAGAGCAAAUGGAUUCUACAUCAUCACUCCCAGAUGCAGUGUCUACGGACAUCUCAAUAGACUGUCCUAGUGCACAGCAGCCUGAGUGUAGGAAUUUGUGCCAGAAGGAGGAGCAUCAUACAGAGAAACAAGAUGGUGACCAUAAUUGUGACCAAACCAGGAACUGCAAGACCUACAAGCCUGAUGAUAAUGAGUCCUAUGCAGCGGAGAUUAAGGACUUGCAGUUAGUACUUUCAGAAGCCAAUGAGACCAUCCAAGGACUUCAGGAGCAACUUUCACAGGAGAGUGUCCUUCGUAAGGAGGAUGAAAUGGCGUACAACCAGAAGAUUGCCCAGAUGAAGGAAGAUCAGGAGAAGCUGCUCUUAAGACGUCAGUUUGAGCACCAGAGCCUGGGCCUCCAGAGGAGGCUGGAGCAGAAGUUCUGGAGCCAAGAGAAGAAUGUGCUGUUGCAGGAGACCCACCAGUUUAAGCAGAACUUUCUGCUGCUCUUCAUGAAGUUGAAGUGGUACCUACAGCGCUGGCGGCAAGUAAAAGCCCUGCCGAGAGAUGAGGAUUUCUUAGAGGUAAACAGUGUCAAAGAGCUUUAUAUGCUCAUUGAAGAAGAAGAAUUAAAUCUCCCGAUCUCUGAUUACAAGCUGUCCGAUGGUGAAAGCUGGCCCCAGAAUGUGGCCAGAGAAUCCAUGAAGACUUUAUCUGACAUUAAGGGGAUCCUGAAGGACCUUUGUAACGAGUUGCAAGAAGAGAGGAGAGGGAUGAAUGAGCUUCAGCAACAGUUCGCCAAAGCAAAGGCCGCAUGGGAAAUGGAGAAGAUGGAAUUCAAGCUGGAUUCAGGAAAGCAUAGUGUUGAACGCACAUCUUCAGAUCUCAAAGCUGCCAUAAAGCGAGAGAGGGAGGAGCACCAACACCUCCUUGCAGAGUCCUACAGUGCAGUCAUGGACCUUACCAAGCAGCUGCAGGUCAACGAGAAAAACUGGGCCCAAGAAAAAGAGGAACUCCUAAACCGAUUCCAAGAUGAACACAAACUUGCUGACCAGCAGGUGCGGGAGCUGCAAAAGAAGCUUAAACAGAUGGAAGCAGACUCCUGGGUGAAAAAAGAGCCUGAGAGGAGGAGCAGCUGUUGGAAAGAGGCUGUCAGUAAUAAACUUCAGGACAAAGAUAUUGACUGUGACACCGAUGCCAGCAUGACCAUCUUAAAAAGGACCAAAUCUGUAUCUUCCAUGUCAGAGCUUGAAAGUCUACUCGAUUGUUCCCCUUUUCUGCAUGACAGCAUAUCCUCAGUUAAUGGUGAAAAUGCCAAAGGGAGAAGAGGUCUACCAGCUUCUGCACUCUUGGCCAAUGGUUCUAAAAAUCCUGAAAAACAUUGUUCAUAUGAGAAUAAUGACAAGUCCUUGGCUGGACAUCUUUCCAAUGGUAACCUGGUGAUUUCAUCCUGGGAUUAUACUAUGGCCAAAGCAGAUAAUCAUGUGGAUGGCCAGAAGCACAUACAGAGAAGCUAUACAGCACCAGACAAGACAGGUAUUCGUAUUUAUUAUAGCCCACCAGUGGUCCGGAGGCUUGAUGUGCCUUUGGUCCAAAAUAAAGAAGAUAAGCUCAUGGUAGAAACUGGCUUUCUGUUUACAAUGGCCAAACCAAAAGAACCAGAAAAAUCAGGCCAGUUAUCUGGGAAUUCGUAUAGUCACUGGCUUUGUAAUUUCUCCAAAAAGCAGCGGGAUUUGUUGGAUGGUGAUUCGGUAAAGGAAUCUUCUUCUGUCCCAGGGUUUCCAUCUUCCCUUGGGGAUUUUGAGAUUUCUGGUAACAUGAGUGAUGAUAUGAAAGAAAUCACAAAUUGUGUACGACAGGCCAUUCGUUCUAGCUCCCUGGAAAGGAAACCAAAGAGUACAGCAAGCCAGACUGUUGGGCUGUCCACUGUUGGUGUUCAGACUGUUCAGAUGGUUAGUGUUGGUCUUCAAACUGACCCCACUAGAUCAAGCCUAACUGCAAAGAGCUGGUCACCAAGGGGUUCUUCUCUGCUGUCUACUAGAACCAAACACAUUUCAACAUCCUUGGACAAAGUUCACUCAAAGAUGGAGCGUCCUUUCUGUUCUCCAAAGUAUGGUUCCCCUAAGCUUCAAAGAAGGUUGUCUUCCAAACUAGAUGGUUCUAAGGAUCGGAGCUUGUGGAAUCUUCACCAAAAUAAGCAAAAUGGUUCAGCUUGGGCAAGGUCAACCACAACACGGGACAGUCCUGUCCUCAGUAACAUAAACGAUGCAUCAUCUAGUUUGUUCAACGUUGUUGAUCAUGCUGGAAGUUCUGAAACUAUCUGCAGACUAGGCCUCGGGGAAAGCAGGAGCAAGUCUGAUGCUCCUAAGUACGGUAUUGUGCAGGAGUUUUUUAGGAAUGUUUGUGGCCGAACAUCUCAAAGCUCCAGUGCAGUGUCUGAAAAGAAAGAGAUUGAAGACUCCAACAAACGACCUGACAACCAUGACCACUGUUCUUCUGUUCACUCCUCCUAUAAUGUGUCUAAACUACUGAGCAAGAAGGUACCAAGGCAGCACACCAGUGAUGAACAGAAGCCUUCAGUCAUAAGUCAGGGGUGUAAAGAGGGAAGUCCUAAAGACUCUGACAUUAUUUCUACAUCCGCUAAUGAAGAUUAUGCCUGUAAUUGCAGUGCACAGCCCCUCACGUCCUGCUUCUCUAGGCCAUCCCGGCCUCACUCACGCCAAGCCCACUUCAACUGCCAGCUCCACCCAGACCCAACUGUCCUAAAAGACAAAGCGGGCCCUGCCUGUAAUUGAGGAGAAAUCCGCCGGCCUGCUACCCUGUGUUCCUGUUUACCUCCCAGAAGCCAAUUUGCUCCUGUCUUCACUAGAAUGGACUACGGUCAGUAACGAGUGCUCAAUGUCCAACUCACAAGUUCUGCAAAAGACACUUGAGUUACCGAAUUAAUCUGGACUUGCAUUCCUCUUAUUAGCACUUAACUGUUUACCUAUGUGUGUUUUUUUUGUGUACCUUUAUAUGGGUCCUUUAGUACAAUAUAGUCAUCAUGAAUUAUUUAUUAAUGUAUCUUUCUAGCAAAACCAGUGCUAAAGACUUGAAAUGGUUUUACUAAGUGGGGAACAUUUGAAAGGGAAUAUAUCCCUGACAAACUGUACUUACUGCCUGCAUAGUAAUGGUGUAACUAUUGGUUAUUGUUCUCUAUUGUUACAUCACUGCUGUACAUCAAUCCACAGAAUUACAUUCCUUUAGAAAAUCAGGCAACUGUACUAUACUUGAAGGAAGCGGGCAUGUAAUCCUACUCACUG